CCACUAAUAAUUUUUCAGCCAUAUCGUACGGUAUGCAUACGUUUUUCCAUAGACACACGCAUCAUCAAAGCAGAGGUUGGCCAUUGACUCGACUCGACUCGACUCACUCAUCACUUUGUUAUCAGAAGUCAAGCAUCAGUUUUCGAGAGACUGAGGACUCAGAGAGCUUUGGUAUAUUGGCUCCUGGGAGGUUAUUGCAUCUCCAGUUUGCGACAGCCUUGUACUGUACCUUUUUGGAGGGUAUCCAUUCCAAUACACUCUUUCAGGGACGGUAGCAUUUGCCACAUUGCGAAGUGGUGUCAGCGGCGGUACAGUGCCCCACCGUUCGAUUCGAUUCUGAAUUGAAUUGAUACCCCAACUUAACAACAAGCUAGCAAAGGGAUCCAUUAGAAAUCAGUCAGCAAGAUGGCAGAACAGGCCCCGCCAAACAAUGGAAAGAAGGGCAAUGCACGCAGGACCAAGUCGAACGGCAGCAGCAAGCCGGAACGGCGAGCUAGCAAAAGCAAGAUUGAACUCAUGGCAGAAGAUGACGAUGACUACUCGACCAUGGUAGAUGAUGCCCGCGCUGUGUUGGCUAUCGAAUAUGGAACGGCUCCCAUGAGCCCUAGUGAGAUUGUCCUGGUCAUGCAGGGUUGGAACAAAGUUUUGGCUUUUACCACCAUGUUUUCCGAGGCUUUAUCGUUGAAAUGGAGGCAUAUGGUGCAUCCUGAUACCUACAGCAAAAAGCCAAAGAAAAUGUGGAGAGCCAUUGGCAAAGUCGAGAGGAAUGAAGAUCUAUUGGCACUCUGCAUGGGACCACGGUUGCAGGAUCUAGAGGAACUUCUGAUUGGGUUUCUGGAUGGAGUGUUCCGAAGUUUCUGUCCAAAAGAACAGCGAGUGUCCAGGGAGGCAUACAGACCCAUUCAGGAUGAUGUUACCCUUAUAAGAAAGGAGGGAGAAAUGACACUAGAAUGUGAAAGUGUGGAGGAUUAUACCCGCCUUUUUGCUAGGUGUGGGGUUGAGCCACAUUAUUGGAUCUUCUUUUGUGAGGCAUUCUUAUGGUGUAUGAAGACUCAUGUCCCUUAUGGCCAAGAUGAUGAUGCCGAAGAUUUAGAAAACGGGCGGGAUAGUGCCUAUGCCAAGGCCAUUCGCAUCACCGCCAUGAAAGCCAUUGACGGAUAUGUCGGUCUUCGCAGCCAAAUGGAAAAGGAUAUCUUCCAAAAAGGCGUCACGCGAUUCUGGGCCCGACUGGACCAGCCGACACGUCUUGGAUUUGGGGAGCAAUUCUACAGGACGCUAUUGGCACAAAAUCCACAAAUGCUGGACUUUUUCUCCAAAACCGACAUGGACUCGCUCGCGAUCCACUUUAUGGCAACCUUGGACCUGCUUGUCAAGUCCAUUCGAGAACUAGGUACCACCGGCAACUUUCGAAAGGCGCUGGAUAUGCUUGCAGAAGUGCACCGACAAAGGAGAAUCCCCACAUUUACCUAUGCCAUUGUCGGGGCACACUUGUUGGAAUGCUUGAAAGGCAGUUUGGAGGCGGAGGAACAACUGACCAAGGACGACCCUUAUCCCGUCACAGCCAAGCAACUCACACAAGCGUAUGCAGUGCUUUACACCGAAGUCAUGUCGAUUGUGUACUAUCCCAUGCUGCUCGAGGAGAAGAAGGUUGCCAAAGCCCUAGAUUUUUACGAAAAGAUCCAGGUCGAGCUGAAUUGGACUGGUGCACAACUGAGACGGCGAAUGCUCAAGGUGGAACAGGAAAUUGCGGCUUCGGGUACAUACACUCAGACAGCCCAGGAGAUUGAGUUGGGCGCAAGGUUGGCAUGGCGAAACUCGGCCAAGUGCAUUGGACGCAUCAGCUGGAAUACUCUGCAAGUCAGAGAUUGUCGUAAAGUAACCGAACCCAUGAAAAUCUUCGAGGAGUUGAACGAGCACUUGAGAAUUGCCACGGCAGGGACCAAUAUCCAAAGUGUGAUGACCGUGUUCAAACCACAGGGCCCCAAUGAAACGCUGGGUACACGUUUCUGGUCAUCUCAGAUUGUCCGAUACGCAUGCUACAAAAACCUGGACGGAAGUCUUGUGGGAGAUCCCGCCAACCUGGAGUUAACCGAAUAUCUUUUGGCGAACGAGCUUUGGGAUCCGCCGGAAACGACCACACCCUUUGACGUCCUACCGUUGGUUCUUAAGAAACCGGGUCGAAAGAUUCCUUAUAUCUAUGAGGUUCCAAAGGAAUUCAUCUUCGAAGUCAACAUUGAGCACCCGACAAGGCCAGAAGUUCUCGAGCUUGGAUACAAAUGGACGACUGUGCCUGCCAUCACGAACUUCAAAAUGAACUUGGGUGGGGUUGUUUACGCCAACAUUCCAUUUAACGGAUGGUUUGUCUCUACUGAAAUCGUUCGCAAUCUAAUGGAACGAUACAGUGCCGGCGCUCCGAUGGCAAAGAUCAUGGGCAUUGACCCGAAAGUCAAUCCAUUCUGGGAACAAAUGGCCUAUUAUGAGUGGGAAGUUGCUGUUUUGCAUUCCUUCCAAAAGAACGGGUUCACUAUCGUUGACCCCAACACCGUCGGUAAGAGUUUCUGCACACACGUUCGUAGGGAACGUGAAGAUUUCGGCAGAGAGUGCCCCGGCCAAUGGAGUUGGAUCGGAGGCUUGGUCGGUCCAACCAACCCAACCUGGCAUUUGGAAAUGAGAGAUUUUCUGCUGUUCCCGCAGUAUGAAUACUGCAUGGAAGGAGUCGCCUUCUACGGUGGUCUUGCGGCGUCAGAAAGUAAAUCCAUUACAGACGGAACGGCCACCACCGACGACAUGUCAGUGGAGAGUUUUCUGAUGAAGGAGGAAACAGCACGGCUAAAGGUCUUGAUUUCCUACGGAUCAGAAACUGGGAACGCGGAAGCAGCAGCUCGCCGACUGAAGCGAGAACUUCAGCUUCUGAAGCCAACUGUUAUUGCCCUGAAUGACCUGGCGAAGGACUUGGGGAGUGUAAAAAAGCGAAGCUUUACCCAUGUCGUCUUCCUCUGUUCGACUUUUGGAAAGGGACAACCCCCUAGCAACGCGGAAGACUUCUUCGCAAAGCAGAUACCCCCCGGCAUGUUUGGCGACGUGAAGUACGCAGUUCUGGCUUUUGGUUCCACGUUGUAUCCUGAUUUUUGCAAAGCUGGCUCGCAACUGGACAGGAAGAUUUCGACGAACGGGGGCACAAAAAUGAUUCCAGUGAACAAGAUCGAUGAUGCGGCCGGAGGCGACGGCGACAUAGUUGAGUGGAUUUCGCUGGUCAAGCGGAUGAUUAUGCCACCGCAUGUCGAGGAAGAAAUUGCAGCUGCGAAACGCAUUAUGUCUGGAAAGCCGCCGGAGAAUGUGUUGGAGUGGACUGGGCAAACGGCUCCAGAAUCCAAGUACCCGGACGACGCGGGUGGCUGUAUGUGCAUCCUGAACGAAGAGCUGGUGCCAAACCACGAGGAAGGAAGUAAAUCCAUCCGAAAGAUUACUUUCCAGCUACCCCCAACAUCAAAAUAUGAAACAGGGGAUCAUCUCUGUGUUUAUCCAGUAAACCGACAAUCCAUGGUGGAGAGAUUUCUGAAGUGCUUCGAAUUUGAGCUGAGCACAGCAGCUCGCUCUCAGGAAAAUUAUCCCCACAAAUCGAAUUGGUUCAAAUCCAAUACGAACGACUCUGUCGAGGAGGCAGUGAAGUGGCAAUCGGAGCAAAUGUUCGAGCUGUACUUGAUCGAGAACGACGACAAAGACCCGUCUGAUGUGUUCUUCCCCACCCCAAUCUGCUUGCGCGAUCUUCUUAAGCAGAAAGUCGAUCUGAGUUUAAGUGCAAGGAAUGUUGUGGAUUUGCUGGCACUUUUCCAGAAGCAGCUGGAUGAGUUUUCAGCGACGCUCGAGCCGGAAAUUCUCGAAGAAUUUACAGUCACAGAAAUUGUUCACAAAUUCUACUCAACGACGGCAACUAUAUUGGAGCAGGACGCCGACAAGACAACCGAUGCAGUCGAUGCCUUCAUUGCAAAUUAUCCAUCGAUCGUUGCAUUCUUGGAAGAUUUCAAAGAGCUUUUCUUGCUGGAUUUUGGAAAAGACAGCUUGGGUCUUGCCAAUUCGAAUGUUAUGAUGCCUCUUGCUGAAGUGUUGGUGAUCUUGCCGCGGCUGCAACCGAGAUACUAUUCAAUCUCUUCCUCAAGCAACACUGGAAAACCUUCCGAGGUCACCGUCACUGUCGGAGUUCUGAAAACAACAACCAGCAAGGGGGUCCCGAUCGAAGGUGUGUGCUCCCACUAUCUGGCUGGGCUGCAAGCUGGAAAGGAUCGCGCCAAGAUCAGCGUCUCUACCUCGUCAUUCCGUUUGCCAGAAGAUGGCAAGGCCCCCAUUUUGAUGGUCGGCACUGGCACAGGUCUGUCACCUCUUAUGGGCUUUCUGGAGGACAAAGCGGCUGCGCACAAGAAAUCGAAAAAGGACGUAGGCCCGAUCCACCUCUUCUUUGGCUGCCGAACAGAAACAGACUUUAUCUACAAAGACUUGAUCGAGUCGUUAGACAAGGACAAAAUCAUUGAGCUACACCUGGCGCUAUCGCGGUCUAAGGAAGUGCCAAAGAAAUACGUGCAGCACAAAAUUGCUGACAUGGGAAAGCGAGCGUGCGACAUCCUGAAGCACCCAGACUCGCACUACUACGUCUGUGGGGAUGCCCGCAUGGCUGAUGCGUGUUUCGAAGCUUGCAUAGGAGUGUUGCGUGUGCACGGAGUGAUGUCUCGGGUAGCAGCUGUUCAGUACUUGAAGCAGAUGCAGCUGGAGGGUCGUUGGCAAACGGAUGUCUGGGGAAUUGUCUCUCACUUUGAAGACGCAAAGAAGUCAAUCGAGGAGAAGAAAAGAAUGAAGGCCAAGCUCUGGCUUUCCAGACUGGCAGGAGGAGAAGACGAUUGAUGUGGAACCGUCAUCCUCCCUUACAAGAAUCAUUCCUCAAGGAUCGCUUGGACACGUGGGUUGUGUACACAAGCAAACAAGCUACCAUUGACGCGCCAUGUUCCUUGAUGUUUUUGCUUUUGUUGUUGUCUCAUAUGAACAUCUAUCUAUAUCUGCUAGCCAUGUGACCGUGCAUUUACUUGCUGCUUUUAUGUGUAGCUGUACUUUAGAAGCUAGGAUACGAUAGCUGUAGACCCUGUUGUACCGGU